GGAGAAGUGAAGAAACCUCCGUCAGAUUUCCAAAAAGGCCCCUGCUCCUCUUCGUUCUUUCCGCCUCGCCUCCGAGAUCUCCGGCUCCGGCGAGCGGAGGAGCUUCCCGAAGCUCCCAGGAUGCCCGCUGCCUCGAUGCUCGUGCCGAAGCGCGCCAACUACGUGGCCCCGAUGCUCGCCUCCGCCGCCAUCCUGCUCAUCCUCCUCUCCGGCUACUUCGAGCUGCCCUCCAUAACCUCCUCCUUCUCCACCCCGCUGACCCCCAUCGCCGACGCCGCCGCCGCCGCGGAGCGCCGCCGCUUCGAUACGGCGCUCGACUCCGUCGGCUCCCGCAAGGGGCACGCCUUCACCUCCGUCCUCGCCGCCUUCGGCGCCUGGGACGCCGCUGUCGGGUGCCCCCGCAUCCGCGCCAAGAUCGGCGCCGCCAACGCGACCACGGCCUCUGCCAUGGCCGCCAUCACCGGCGGGGCGGGGUGGGCAGGCGCGACGUGCGAGGAGAUGAAGACGCGGCACGUCGGGGUGUUCGUCAAGGGGUGGACGUGGAUCCCCGACGCGCUCGACGGGGUGUACACGUGCCGCUGCGGCGUCAGCUGCGUGUGGAGCAAGGCCGCCGCCGUCGUCGACCGGCCCGACGCGAUGCUCUUCGAGGGCGCCACGCCGCCGAUGGAGAGAAUGAAAGGUCUACCUCUUCGUGUUUAUCUGGAUCUGGAGGCUGCUAGGAAGCCAACUGGUUUUGAAGACAUUUUUAUAGGUUACCAUGCUAAUGAUGAUGUGCAAGUAACAUAUGCUGGAAAAUCUUUCCACAGUAGCAGGAGUUACCAUAUAUCAACAGAAAAGACAAAUGAUGCACUUGUCUACUGGUCAUCUUCAAGGUGUCUUCCUCACAGAGACAAGCUUGCAAAAGAUUUCCUCUCAUUGGUGCCACACCAUUCCUUUGGAAAAUGCUUAAAUAAUGUUGGUGGUCCUGACAUGGCACUAUCCAUGUAUCCAGUUUGCUCAAAUAAUGCCAAUGGAUCACCACACUGGUGGGAUCACCUACACUGCGCAAUGUCACAGUACAAGUUUGUUCUUGCAAUUGAAAACACCAAUACAGAAAGCUAUGUGACAGAGAAGUUAUUCUAUGCAUUGGAGGCUGGGUCAGUGCCAAUAUACUUCGGUGCACCCAACGUCUGGGAUUUCAUCCCUCCCAAUUCUGUCAUCGAUGCCUCCAAAUUCAGCUCUCUUAAAGAACUGGCAUCAUAUGUGAAAGCGCUUGCGAAUGAUCCUGUAGCGUAUGCGGAAUACCAUGCAUGGAGGAGGUGUGGUAUUCUGGGUAACUUUGGCAGAGCACGUGAAAUGAGCCUUGACUCGCUGCCCUGCCGACUCUGCGAAUUAGUUAGCAAGAGAGGUGGUAGGAGUGCAGAUGCAUUUUGAUUAACUGGUCGGUACUUUACUUAUAUCUCCCCCCAUUUACCUUUUCUACUAUUAAAACAUUUUCUGAGAAAAUCUU